UCGGACAUGGUCCUCUCCGGUUCCCAUCUUGUGCCCUCGGUUUCUUUAUUAAUAGGAAGCAGACUGCAAAAAAAAGGGGCUUCUGCAAACGCUUUAAAAUGCAACCGGUACGCUUUUAACUGCAAGUCCCAUGAUGCACCGCUGACGCUCACUUUGACACAAACAGAGAGCCAGUCAGCAGCAGGUAAACAAACCUAUCUGACUGGGACGGCGAGCCAAACAAAGCGUUUGCGCCGUUUGACUGUCUUGCGUUUGUAAUGGCGACGAGGAUGACAGUCGGGAAAGAGAUACGCCAGCUGUCAGCAGCUGAUUGAAACAACAGCUGAUCUGCGACAGAACAGCGGGGCGAUUCGACGAGAAUCAGGAGGACGCGUUUUAACCUGCAGAGGAGGAGAGACUCACAUCUGCGCAUGAUGCACUGCAGCAUUUUUGAGAAAAUGGGUGUUUUUAGCCUCAUUAUCAGACUAGAGUAUGUGAUCCGAGAUGUCGGUUGGGUUCUUUAGCUACCGUUUGAUUUAACUGUGUUGGACUCGAAGUAGCAUCCGCCCCCUGUGGUGCAACAUGGGGCCCAUCAUGCAGGAACGCACAGCAUCCACGACACUGAAACGGGUCGUUUCCAAAGAGAAGAUUCGGGUAAAAAAUACUGAAAAUAGCGGGACAGUAACCAGUUCAAAGAAAGGUAACAAGACGAAGAAAUCUGUGGGCCAAAUGAAAAAUGGCCUUCCAGGACCAGGUCAGGAUAAGGACACAGUGACAACAGUGCAUAGGGGUGCACAAUCAAAAGGUGCCAGAGUGAAGUCUUGCACUACACGCAAUACGAGCAAAGUAUCCAGCCCUGAAGAAGAAGGGGAUUUGAGACCUCAGCUCCGCAAGCAAUCAUAUGCACACAGGAAGGAGGAAAAACGAGAAAAUCAGCGCAUGUCCCAAUGCAGCAGCGAGCUCCAGCAAAAUCGUGGGGGGAUGGGGAGAAAUCGGCGAGCCCUCUCGCUGCCUCUCUCUCCAAUAUCAGGAGUACGGCAGGUCCCGGCUCAGCCCCUGACGCACUCCCCGGCUCCCACUCCUGAGGCACUCCAGCAGCACUACAACCACAAGGAUGAUGACACUGACAGUGCCAGUGAUCUCUCAGAUUCUGAGAGGCUUCCAGUUCUACCCUCCCCGUGCACUCCCUGCACACCUCCCCAUCUCAACCUGCGGGCAGAGAUCAUCAACACUAACGACUUUCCCCCCGACUUUCCAGGACCCCAUGGGGCAGUGGGCGAUGAAGAUGAGAAUGAGAAACCCAGCUACAGUUACCCAGAUUUUCUUCCUCCUCCCUUUAACAGCUGGAGUCUGAGACAACUGGCAGUGUUUCUGCAUACAGAGGGUCGUGGUGCCCCCCGGCCCAAGCCAGUAGGGACCUUGGAGAAGUACCUGGAGAGGCUCCUCCAGCUGGAGUGGCUUCAGAUCCAAACAGUACAAGUAGAGAGCAGCCGGCCACCUGGGAGCCGUCCAAGGCCGCAGGGCUUCUCCUCUGCCGCUACUGCUCAUCAGCCCAGGCCUCACACAGCGCCGCCAACCCGACUCAACUCCCCAAAAGGGCUGCGACACAGCCAGCGAGCCUUCCCAUUUGCACCUGUCAACAAUCCCCCAUCACCUGCCUCAGCCCAGCACCAGCUCUCCCGCUUUCCAGUGUGUCCUCACUGUCACAUUCGCUACCCACUGUGUAAUGGAAGCUGCUCGGCGUAUGCCUACCAGCGCCACUCACGACUCAGCCCUCUGCUUGAGCGCAGAGCCCGACCCGGAGCACCAACAAAAAGGAGCAGCAGUGAGACCCGAGCCACUUCUACAGAAGGUAGGAGCCCAGGAGGGCAAGGUGGGAGUGGAGGAGGGGCUCACACCCCGGUUAGCCCCUCAGCUGGAAAGAGUCAUCACAGGCACAUGCAGGCCGCAGGCAAUGCCCGUAAGCUACCCCAGGAAUCUGGCACUAACCAAAACAGCAGAGGUCAGGCGAGGAAAAGCCGUGUCAGAGCUAACUCUGAGACAGAUGUUAAAAAGGAGCCCGGUGGCAUUAAAGCAACUGUUGCAGAGAAACGUGUUUUUGCUGCAAGUAAGAGAGAGGCCAUCACAUCCAAGAAAGAGGAGAAGGACUGGCAGAAGACAGAGGCAGUAGGUCAAGCCACUAAAACAGCCAUGAAACGAGCUGCUAAAGACCCGUCUUCUCUCCCCAAAGCCCCACUUAGUAGUAAGCAGUGUGGCAAAACAAAAAAUGUGCACUUUGUUGCAAAGUAACCCCUGUAGACCUGCAAUAUAGUGCUUUCCUUAGAGGUUACUUGGUACGGGAGCUUGAACCUAUGCUUGCUUUCUGUGUAAACUGUGUAAUAGUAACAUGUUCUAACUGUUGUACAGCUAAAUCAGUCAGUGGUAUACAGCCUUUAAAGGUCAAAACCAUCAGCAAUCGUGCAGCUAGAAUACAGAAAAAUUCAGCGAAGAUUAAUUUGACAUUUAAAUAGAGCAGAACUGUAUAAGCUGCAUUUAAUUCAAAAUGUACAGUUAUAGUAAUAAUGCUGGGUUUUGACACAAGGCUCACCACGAACCUAAACACUGCUUUUAUUCAGAAAGUGAAGCUUUUAUGUAAAAUAAAACUAUUGCACUGCACAGUCAUUGCUCAGUAAUCCUCUAAUGUUAAAAUAAGCAUUUACUGUCCCACUGGCCAGUUUUCAGCAUAAAGUAAUCCAUAGUGAAAGUAAACAGAGGUCAUUAUAUUUCCGCCAUCAAAUACAACCAUAGCUGUUCCUAGUGCAAUUUUUUUGAUGUCGGAAUGUAUUUGUUUUCAACGUUUUUAUUUUUCUUGAUGUUGCUUUUUAAUGUUCCUUUGGUGCCUCGUUUUAAGUUAAAGCAUCUCUAUGUGAAAAGACGGAGGCACAGUAAGUGGUGGGGUACUGCAAGUAAUGUGGUCUGUUUCUGAUAUAUUUGUGCUAUGGUUUGACAUUUUUGGUUACAAGGGCUUUUCAUGUUUGAACAGCUUGAAUUGUAGUCUAUGAUAAUAUACUGUAUUUUGCAUAGAGCUGAGCUCUUUCUAUCAUUGAAGAUGGUGUAAUGUUUGCUACGAAUGUAAAUGCAUAUUUUUCCAAAUUUUAUAUACCAUAGUUAUAUUUCUCAGAAGUGAUGUGGUUGACUUGCACUUUUUUUUUUUUCUUUUUUCAUUGUCAUUGCUGUUUACACUGUCACGCACAAAAAGAAAAACGCAAAGCAAAAGCAGUGAAUGUAACUUUAUGUCAUUCCCAGGUUCCAGUGGAAGUUCAGAGGAUCAUAGCUGUUAGGCUGUAAUGUUCUACAUAUCACCUCCAUAUGCCACUGCAUACUUGACGUCUGUAGAACACUGUGUUUACAUCAGCGUUUUAUCUGUUUCUUGUGAUCAUUAUGUGCACUUGAUUCAUGAGAACACUACUCCAAUGUAAAUGUGCUAUGUAUCCUGACAGCACCUCUUUACUUAAUAUCUAUGUAAACUAUCAAAGCCAUAGAUAAGGGGCCUGGAGUGGCAGUGUUGUUCUAAAUGUGUACACUACACUGACAUGCACGCAGAAAGAUUGUGGUAUGUACAGUAUUUUCU